UUGGCUUCAAGAGGCACUGCAGGAUAUGCAGGAGGUCUCGUAGCUGGAAAUGGAGUAAAUCAAUAUGCUACUUCUAUUGGUGCAAGUCAAACUAAUGGAAACAAAAACGGAAUUGGCGCUGACGGAAGAAACGGCAAACUUGCAAACUACAAAGGUGAAGGAAGCGGUGGUAGUGGUGGAGGAUAUAGAGGUGGGUUGAGUUCAACUUCGGAAUUUGAUUCUCCAGGUUCGGGUGGAAGUUCGUAUAUAUCUGGACAUCCAGGAUGCGUUAAGUUCGUAGGAAUAGUUUUCAAUAACGCGAAGAUUGUUUCAGGUAAUGAAAGUAUGAUAUUACCAAACGGAACUAUAUCCACUGGCAAUCCUAAUCACGGCUACCUCAGAAUCACAUAUUUACUUCCCAUUUGUUCAUGUCUCAAAUCAUAUUUUGAUUUUCAUUUCUUUUUGAUUCUUACCAAUAUUUUAUUAGAUUCAUAA